CCGCCCCCGCCGAGCAACCAGGAGCAUGCGGCACAAAUCGCGGCACAAAUCGCGGCCCAGCAGGGGCGCACAACGGACUCAGGGAUGGAGUGUAGCGAGGGGAACGCGGGCUAGAUCGAGGAAAUGACGACCUGGUCUGCCGAGUUGAAGGAAUGGGCGAGGCAGUGUCACGAGCUGGGCUGGCCCAAGGGAGCCAUUUUGGCAUCCCUUUCAGCAGGAGAGUCGUCUGGGACUGGACAAGAGCGCGACUACAACCAACAGGGGAACUACCAGCUUUACCCACACGACAACCAACAGGGACAAGACCAAUCGGGCUAUAACCCAUACGACCAAACCGGUGGCCGACAAACACAGGGCGAUCAGGGUGAUGUCCAAGCUCAAAUCAACAGACUAACAGAGCAUUACGGAAAUCUAGGUAUCGGACGGAAGAAGCGCUCCGAUGACCGGAACAGCGGGCCCGGGGCUGGUAGGUCUAACAACAAGCCCGGCGCCCGCGCCAAGCCCGAAGCCGCCAAGUCCAAGUCCAACGAGGCUGCCAAGUCCAAGACUAACAACAAGCCCGGAGCUGGCAAGUCUAACAACAAGCCCGAAGCCGCCAAGUCCAAGUCCAACAACAAGCUUAGAACCGGCAAAACCCAGGACCCCCGAGCCCACCAACCCGGGAAGGACAACAACGGCCAGGCCAAAGCGUGCCGCCGGCCAACGCCGCCUCUCCCUCCCCCUCCCCCGGGUUUUCAGCGGCUCCUAAACGGCAAAGGCAAAGGCAAAAGUCAAAACAGAUCCAAAAACACUAGUGGCAACCCUGCUCCAUCUGGUGGUGGCGGCGGCAAGACCAAGGCCAAGGGCAAGCCCCAAGCUCUGGCAGCGGCAAAGGAUAACAAAACUCUAGCGGCAGGGAAGGGCAACAAGGGACCCGCCGGCCAGGCGCCGAGCACCGAGGCCAAGAGAAAGGGCGCUGGUCCCGGGAAAAAGACGACAAAGUCCCUUUCCGCAUCGGGGGCUGGGAAGGCAACCCAAGCCGCCAAGGCUGCGGCUUAA